AUGUACAUUCCACAGAAACGUCAAGAUGACAAAACGAACAAGAAUCACAUAUUUAUUAUUUGUGCUGUGAGCAUUAUAUUUGCUAUUGCAGUCGGAGUGGGCGCCUACUUCCUAUCCCGACAGUUACGACAACGUAACUACGAACCGAAAUACCUUCCGGGGAAAUUCCUCAAGCAGAAAUGGAAACAAUGGGGCACAGGGAGCGCCUCAUACGGUGAGGUCCCAAAUCAAGGUGGCCAAGAUACCUCUUAUCGUGGAGCUAGCACAGCACCAGAGAUGCAAACCAAUACUGGCGUCCGCCGCGAUACAUCGAUUCGUUCUAUUAUGACCCUACCCCCCUAUUCCCUCAGCCCAAAGCCGACCGAACAAGUCAUCGCCCGGGAGGGUGAACGGGGUGGAAUGGAUAUGGUCGUGGAAUAUCCCGAGACUGCGGAAGAACAGGAAACUCGCCGCGAGGAACAAAUGGACUCUUUGUACCAGAUUCGCCUGCAGCGCCGCCAGGAACUAGCCGAUCGCGAGGCACGCCGUCGGGAGCGACGAGAGGCCGAGGCGCGUGGGGAUGCCGCUCGUCUAGAACGUCUGAAUGCCGAAACUCGCGCCCGAACGCAACGUCGCCGUGCAGGAACCAACAGUGCAGUCAACGUAACCGCGGUCCUAGCCGAGCAUCAGUCGAGAGAGCGAGACCGACGCAUCGCUAGUGUUAGCUAUGCUGAACUCGGACGUGUUCGCCAUGAUGGGUCACGGCUUCGAGCCGACUCGCACAAUUCUGACUCGCACGAUUCGGAUCGCCGACCGCUGUUGCAAAGUGACGCUGUUAGCUCCACCGCGGCCUCUUUCGAACUAUCCAACGUCAACUCUCGAGGACAGUCCAUUUCUUCGUCGAUUAUGACCGAAUCCAAUCCUGCUACCGAGCUUGAACCACUAGGGUUAACUCCAACCACGACACGCGGUUCGAGCCGACCAGUAUCACAAACUGACGACGGAGAUCUCGGGACGCUCAACAUUCCUCCACCUCCCGAUUAUGAGCACCUGGACUGGGGUGAUGCCCCUGCGUACCAAAGUCCUAUUACGGAGCAGAAUGAACACGAGCGACAGCUACCAACCAUCAAUCGUUUGCCUUCGAUCCACGUCAAUUUACCCAGCCCCAUGACUGUGUCUCCCGUGACGCCAACUCAGUCGCAGUUCCAGAGUAUCAAUAAUGAUGAACCUCCAACCCCGACAGAGCAGACGUCGGGAAUCCGAAUGGUGUCAGCAGAAUCGACGACUACAACCCGCCAUGCUCCACCACCCAGCCAACCUCAAUGA